GUUCACUUGAGCCUCUACUUGAAUAAUUUCCUGUCCUGAACCUCUCACUAGGAAGUAAAUACGUGCAGACAUUUUCCUCAUAAGUAUCUGCUGAUUCUUUAAAAUUUACCAUAAUGGGGGAUCGCAAUCAAAAGACCAGGAUGCCCCUGUUUAAGAAAGAUUCAGGGGCUGGCGAUAAGAGCAAGAAGAAGAAAGGGGAGAAGGCUAGCGUAGGAGAUGGGGAGGGGAUGAGUAUCGGCACCCCAUACAUGGUGCAGCACAACUUUCAUGUUGGAUUUGACAAGAUUACAGGAGAGUUCAAUGGGCUUCCUGGAGCCUGGCAGCUCCUAUUGCAAGGAUCUGACAUAUCGAAAGAGGAACAGAAGGAGAAUCCCCAGGCUGUGAUCAACUCCCUGAAGACGUAUAGCAAGUCAAUCAAGAAGAAGCCUAGUGAGAGAUUCCUAAAGCGGAUAACAAAUUCAGAAGAUUUCGAGGUAGCAGAGUCCAUAGGGUCAGACGAUGACUUGGAUGAGCGAACCUCGGAGCCCAAGGUGGAGUUUGAGCAACAGAACAGCAGAAAUGACGAGGUCUUCAAAUCUGCAGAGGAGCCCAAAAAGCCUCAGGAGGAUGCCCAAAAGACAGUUGAGGAUGGGGUUGCCAAGGUGACUAUAGACGAGAAGCCCAAAGAGGAGCCCGUGGCAACCAGACGCCCGAAGGAACAACAACAUAAAAUGACAGACUCUGAGAUUAAUGAUGGCCUGCGAAAGAUAUCAAGCCCAGGAAAUGCUUUACAGAAAUAUGACACCAAGAAAAAAGUUGGGUCAGGGGCUUCCGGAAGUGUGAUGAUGGCGCGCCCAAGGGCAAAUCCAGAAGAUGUGGUAGCUAUCAAGAUUAUGGACCUCAAUAAUCAGCCCAAAAAAGAGCUCCUUAUUACGGAAAUCGAGGUCAUGAAGACGUAUCGACAUAAGAACAUUGUUAACUUCCUCGACUGCUAUUUUGUCGAGGAAAACCAGGAAUUAUGGGUAAUAAUGGAGUUCUUGGAAGGAGGACCGCUGACGGAUGUUGUCACAGAAACUAUUAUGAAAGAAGGCCAGAUUGCAGCUGUUACGAGGGAAUGCCUAAAUGCGCUAAGUUUUCUUCAUGCUAGGAGUAUCAUUCACAGAGAUAUAAAGAGUGAUAAUGUGCUCUUAGGAAUGACGGGGAAUGUUAAGCUUACAGACUUUGGUUUCUGCGCUCAACUUAGUAACGAACAGUCCAAGCGACAAACAAUGGUCGGAACUCCUUAUUGGAUGGCACCUGAAGUUGUUUCAAGAAAGCACUAUGGCAAGAAAGUUGACAUCUGGUCACUGGGAAUCAUGGUUAUAGAGAUGCUUGAAGGUGAGCCGCCAUAUCUCAACGAGACGCCCCUCAAGGCCAUCUACAAAAUUGCGACGAAGGGAAAACCCGAUAUCAAGAACUUUGAGAAAUUGUCCCCAGAAUUGCAGGACUUUCUUAACAAGUGCUUAGAUGUUGACGUCGAUCGCCGAUCAUCAGCGGAGGAACUUCUAGAGCAUCCGUUCCUGAACAAGUCCAUGGACUUAGGGACACUCCGACCUCUUAUUGUUGCUGCGAAGCAAGCAACCGGUCACUGAGACUUAUGUACUGUUAUGUUCCGUAUAAUCACUGUAUUCAAUCGUGUGCCUAUAUAUCAGUUGAAUAUGAUAUCGAUACGUAUGGGAUAAUGAUGUGACAUGUCGGCAUAUAAACUGUAAAACUUUGAUUUUACUGCAACUAAGAUAUUUUAACGUAGGGCUCAAAUAUCUGUAACCCUGAAACGAGGGCGGAGCCCGGGACGAUUAUAACUCCAUAUAAAAAUACAGUCAAAACUUGAUAUGUCGAAGUUGUUGGGACUUGGGAAUAACUUCAAGAUAACUAACAUUCAAUAAAACAGAAAUACAAAACAUGUCUUACAAAACCCAACACAUUCUAAAAAGGUUCGACAUAACCGCAACAUUGACAUAGCGAGUUUCGACUGUAAAAGGAUUUAAAAUAUAUCUGUUUUGCACUAAGCUCUGGAAAUUUGAACUUUCUUAUCUCACUUGCAUAAGGAUUUGAAAUUUUAUCCAGCCUUAGCUAGCCAGUGUACUGUUCAUGAUGAUCUGACAAUACUUAUUGUUUUUCACAUACCGAUAAUAUCUGUUUCGUCUUCCAAAUCAUAAUCCAUUAGUGAUUACAGUUUCUCAAUGUUUGUGUUGCUAUUCUUGGGACGUAGUUUUGAGUUCUAUAGAACCAAGCAUAGGCGUUGGUAAACAAGAAUUAGUGAAAUGUAACCCAGGAUGUCAUGUCGUUUUAUCUUUUAAGUCAAAUAUCAAUCUCAAGUCAUUUUUCAACUUAAAAGCAUAUAGUAAGAUUCAAAAUCUUGUAUUCACUCUUAAAACAUAUUUUUGCCUAUGUGUUGAUGAAAACAUUUUGUCAAUAUUCAUAGUAAGCUGAUUCUAAGGCCAAUACUGUAUUUAAAUAAUUGCAGUCAUCAAAAUUAGACUUUGGGAUGAACAAGCCUGAAUUCUUAUACUAUUGCUUGGCAUCAAAUGUUUUUACCAGCCCUACUGUAUAAAAUUCAGAACUUGAGCAAGCCCGGAAGACAUUUUACCAGUGCAGGGCUUGUGGGCUUGUGUAAAUUUCGACCACUGUUGUUGAUAAAAAGCAACGACUUGCGAUCAAUUACAUUUUGCUUUAGAACGAAAUUUCUUUGGAAUCUUGACCAAAGCUUUUAAUCAACAUAUUCCAUGAGAGAAUGGGCUCUGAGAAAUAAUUAAAACAUGCGUUUUCAGUGUGUUGAUUCACAUUCGUGUAUAAAUUUGUUGGAGAUGUCCCUGGGAUAAACUUACAUGUCAAAUGUCAAAGGUCACUUAGCAGCCAAAAAUUAUUUCAGAUAUUUACCUGAAUCAAAAUCUUUUACUGUCAAAAGGCAGAUUGUUCAGAACUUCGUUAAAGUUAACAACGUGGUUAACAAAAUUGUUGUUAACUUUUAAAUGUGAUAUAUUUGAUGAUAUGCUCAUGUAUUCAAAUCUAAACAAGUACAGCUGAACCAUUUGUCUCAAAUUUUGUUAGAAAUACUGCAAAUCAUAAGUGUUUCCAUUAAAGUCCAGCGCAGUAACAAUUUGAAAGUUAACGAUGACGUUAACAACGCUGUUAACUUUAACAAAGUUCUGAACAAUUGGCCCAUCGUUAUACAUAUAUUGUUUUGAUAUAUCUUUUUGAAAAAACUAAGCGUACAUUUCUUUAUAUUUGUAAAUCUACCUGUAUUUAAACAUUCCAUAAAAUAUAUCUUGCUGGUUUAAUGGCUAGAUAAAUCUGUGUUCGCUAAAUAACUGUAAAUUGUAUUAUUUUGAGUGGGUUAAAUUUUGUUAUUUUUCAUGAUAGUCUAUUGUAAAAUAGCCCAAAACUUCUUUUCUGCUGAUAUAAAUAAACCUCUCUUUAUAAACCUUACAUACUUAGUCAAAACUUCCGACUUGCAAAAAUAUACCUCGCAAAUAAAGCAAUCUACUGUUAAUUGUCUUUUACCUAUUAUUUUUGUCUUCGGCAAUUAUGCAAACUGUAACAUUUGAGCUGCAUCGCGUGAUUUUGGGCCUUAAGAUGUUUAACUGCAUUUAUUGUUUUAUUGUGCGUUUCAGUUAAAUGACAUUUCAGGAAGCAAUAUUGAAUACAAUGUAAAUAUUUCUAAAAUUGAAUACAAUAAGUGUUUUUGUGUUUUCAGACCAUGUGUGCAAUGCGCAUAUCAAAUUGAUAUCCCACACAUGACACCUUAACAAAAGUAUAUCAAGCCUCCAACAUAAAUGAUGCAAUGUAAUUGGUCCAUUACUGGUCAUGUGACCCCAUAUUUUUCCAUAUUGGGUCACCAAAUUUUUAUCUUACCAAAAUGGCGUCUAUUUUCCGAUUUCCGAUGAAUAAGUGAAACAUUUAAACAGGUUGUCAAUGUGAUAUAUAUAUACCUUAUGGGGUUUAGCAGGUGACCCGUUAUGGGAUAUACAGGGCUUAGGAAACCAUAUUCCGAUAUGGCAUUCGGAGCUCCUCGGCCAUUUUUUCAAAAACAACCUCGGAUGUAUAUGGACGGUUUACAUACUUAAAAAGUGGUACGUUUAAGUCUGCUGCAAAUAGAUCGCGUAGUAAUCUUAUUUAGUAGCUAAAAUUUAUGACUUAACUCUUGGGAAUCGUAAUUAUGUUUACAAUAAUACACUUCACUGGUGAUCAAUUUAAACUGAGAGCAAUGAAUACAACUCUUAAACACUACAUUUAAUUAACGCUUAAAAAAGUACGGACUACUACAACAGAUGUACCGGCAUACAUCCGAGGUUGUUUUUGAAAAAAUGGCCGAGGAGUUCCGAAUGCCGUUAUGGUUCCCUGCGCCCUGUACAUCCCAUAUUGGGUCACCUACUAACCCUGUAACUUAUAAUAUAACUAAGAUGACAGGCAUUAUUAAUGACCAAUAUUUCAACUAGCUUAUAAUCUUUAAUGUUUUAUUGUACAAUGAAGCUCUGGAGAAUCAAUGAAGAAAUAUUUGAUGAUUCAUUUUGGUAUUUUUAAACAAUGAGGCUGUUUGAAUCUGACAUUGUAAAUGUGGUUGAAAUAAGUCAGGACAAACGCUGUGGUUGUUAUGGAAACAUGAGUUAGGUACUUGUCCUAAAUUUGUUGUUGAGAAAAUUAUGUGCCAAUGACAAUCGUUAUAAAGAAAAACAUUCGGAAAAUAUUGAAAUACAUGAACAAAAUAAAUAUAUUCAUUUAUUAUCGCUAUAUCAAUAAUGUCUGAAAGUCCUAAAAAACGUGAUGUGGAUUGUUUGUUUACCAUUUCAAUCGCUCAAGUAUUUAUUUAUAAUUAGGGCAUACCAAAAUGAUUCAAUGGUUAGUGCUUCAGACGCAAAUUUCUAAACCUACCUACUCUUCAGGAAAAUGCAAAUUGCCAUAGAAAAAAAAAUAUAUAAUGUAAUUAUUAAGCUCUAGAAAAUCAUAAAUUCAUAUUUUGGCUAGUGUUUUUUUUUUCUGCUUCAUAACUUUGUUGAAAGCAGACAACUUAUUUGCCUGAUGACCAUAAACUUAGAAUCAUUUUGGCAUGGCCUAAUAAAUUCAGUGCCUUAUGAUGCCAUGUAUAGUUUGUACAGGAUCUAUUUUUAUCUUCUAUGAUCAUGGAUAAAGGUUUUGACAGUUUUAUACAUUCUUAUUAAUGAAUUGUUAAUAGUUAUUGUACAUGUAUAUACAUUUAUAUACUUUGAAAAACAACGAAAUGUGGAAUAUAUAUUGAAAAACAACGAAAUGUGGAAUGUACAUUGAAAAACAACGAAAUGUGGAAUGUACAUUGAAAAACAACGAAAUGUGGAAUGUACAUUGAAAAACAACGAAAUGUGGAAUGUACAUUGAAAAACAACGAAUGUAGAAUUUAUUGGGGAGAGUUAUAAUCUGUAUUCCGGUUGAUGUCUGUGUAUUUGUUUGCUUUGGGAAAUGUUGUUUCAAUAAUCAAUUAUAAUCGAAAUUUGAUUGGUAAUGUCAGCAUGGGCGACUACAGGGAUUUUGUCACUAUUGCCUUAAAAAACAUAUUUGGUUCAGGUGACCCGACCCUAUCAACGAAAUUGGCGCCAACCCUACUGUUUUUAAAGGCAGUUGGAAAUAAAAUAAAAUGAAUGCUAGAGGGAUUAAAAUAACAAAAAUCAGACAGAAAGUCCAUAUCAAAUUUAUAUUAUUAAAAUCACAUAUCCAAAAUAAAAAUUAAAGUGCUUAUACAUGUAUGAAAAUAUUUGAUUAAAAAAAAAAAAAUUGGCACCAUUUUAAUUUCAGUAACAGCAAAGAUGUUAUUUAACAUGACAAGAAUUGAGGCUUUGUUCCACCCCAUUUCUUGUCGGAAGUGUUCAAAUUAAUUUUCUGGAUUAUGUGACCUUGUGCUUUAUUUAAACAAUGAAAUAUAACCGCUUUAUUUGUAAAAGUGUUAUAAUUCUCAUCUACACCAUUUUUACUACGAAACCUUUUUUUCACUUGUUGCAGUUCAAAGUCUGAAUGGAUAUACUCAUUAGAAUGAUUAGAUAUUAACUCAUAUAAGUAUUAUUUUUUCAUGUACAUAUUCAAGCUGCACUCUCACAGAGUGACCAUUUUGACAACUUUUUUUUUUAAAAAUCUCAGAAUAAGCCAAUUGUUGCGUAGAGGUCUGGAAACCAUGUGAUACGAUACUGCUGACAAAAGAUCAGAUUGCUGACAAUAGAUCAAAUCACAGUUUUUAUACCCCCCAAAACAAAGUUUGGGGGGGGGUAUACUGGAAUCGGGUUGUCCGUCUGUCCGUCUGUCUGUCUGUCUGUCCGUCUGUCCGUCCGUCCGUUUUUUUUUGUCCGGGAUUCAUCUUUGUCGUUAUUGAACAAAUCUUUUUCAAACUUUCAGAUAUUAAUGGCCAUGAUGUAAACUUGCGCCUCUGUGAAAUUGGUACGGGUCACAUGACCCUGACCAGAGUUAUCUCCCCUUGAUGUGUUAAAGUAGGCAAAAUAAGCCCUGUCCGGGAUUCAUCUUUGUUAUUAUUCAACAAAUCUUUAUCAAACUUUCAGAAAUUAAUGGCCAUGUUGUAAACUUUCGCCUCUGUGAAUUUGGUACAGGUCACAUGACCCUGACCAGAGUUAUCUCCCCUUGAUGUGUUAAAGUAGGCAAAAUAAGCCCUGUCCGGGAUUCAUCUUUGUUAUUAUUCAACAAAUCUUUAUCAAACUUUCAGAAAUUAAUGGCCAUGUUGUAAACUUUCGCCUCUGUGAAUUUGGUACAGGUCACAUGACCCUGACUGGAGUUAUCUCCCCUUGAUGUGUUAAAGUAGGCAAAAUAAGCCCUGUCCGGGAUUCAUCUUUGUUAUUUUUCAACAAGUCUUUAUCAAACUUUCAGAAAUUAAUGGCCAUGUUGUAAACUUUCGCCUCUGUGAAUUUGGUACAGGUCACAUGACCCUGACUGGAGUUAUCUCCCCUUGAUGUGUUAAAGUAGGCAAAAUAAGCCCUGUCCGGGAUUCAUCUUUGUUAUUAUUCAACAAAUCUUUAUCAAACUUUCAGAAAUUAAUGGCCAUGUUGUAAACUUUCUCCUCUGUGAAUUUGGUACAGGUCACAUGACCCUGACUGGAGUUAUCUCCCCUUGUAGGCAAAAUUAGCUUUGUCCGGCCUAACUCCAGGGCAAACAACCUAGACAUGGAGGGGUGGGGGGUAUUCGUUAGCCUAUGGCUUACAGUUCUAGUUCAUAUUUAUGUUAAAAAAUGAUAUUUUAUGGCAUUACUAACUCUUUAAGACAAACAAGUCUUUCGGAAUGUUUUCAAACAGCUGAGAUCUGUUCUAUUGUGAGUUAUCUCAUAUAACUUAAUUCACGCGGGCAUUGACGGCAUUGAUACCAAAAUCAGCUGAUUCUGAGACAAAAAAGCUCAAAACUGUCCAUCUGUAAGAGUGCAGCUUUAAGUAAAAUUGUUUAGAUUUUUCAACCUCAUAGAAAUGUCAUUUGGGGCGUUAUGGCAAAAAUGUACCAACAAUUUCUAUAUUUUGAUAUUUCAUGGUAUUUUCUGCCAUUAACCUUGUAUUUAGAUAAAAAGAAUUUGGGACCAGUGUGAUUUUUCUAAGAUUUUAUUCUGCGAUAUGUUUUUUUUGUACGCAACUAUUUGUUACCUAACUUUUAUUGUAUCAUAUUGCUUUUCAACUAUAUAUAUAUGUAUUUUUGUUGCCAUUCACUAUUUGUUUUUGUAAUCUCCAAAAAUAACAUUUAGCAAAUAAAUAAAUUAAUUCAA